AUGAACUGCGCUCAGGCCAAAUCUUUUUUCUUCCCCUUCUCCCUUCUCCAGAACCAGUUCGCUCGCGACAUAUCGUCCCAAGUCCCUCAAUUGAGUGUUUUACGACCUCUUAAACGCACGCAAACCCCCGAAUCCGAAACUCUCCUCACAUCCGGACCGCGAGUGCGCGCUACAAAGCAACACGGCCCCGGACCAUUUCUCAACAGCGCUCAACCUCGCGCAGAGACUCUGCGAGACGAUCAGUCCGGUUUCAAAGAGGGGAGGAUUUCGAAUAGUGCGCGAUUCGAAACGGCGCAAAGGCCUACGGGUCCCGAAAGCAGGAUGCCACAGGCUGCAAGAUGGGCGGGCUCGCCGUCUAUCAAGGGACGGUCCGAGUCAACGCGAAUGGCGUUGUUGACGUUUAGUCUUGUGGGGUUACAAUUUACAUGGGGCACGGAGAUGACAUAUUGCACGCCUUACCUUCUUCAGCUUGGGUUGACGAAAUCUAAGACUUCGUUGGUGUGGAUUGCGGGUCCGUUGUCUGGGUUGCUUAUACAGCCUCUUAUUGGUGUUAUUGCGGAUCGAUCGCGAUCGAAAUGGGGGAGGAGGAGGCCUUUCAUGAUCUUUGGGUCGCUUGUUGUGGCUUUUUGUCUAAUUGUCCUUGGCUGGACGGCUGAGAUUGUUGGAUUGUUUGUUCAGGAACCUGAGAAGGCUAAGAACGUCACAAUCGCAUUGGCGGUCUCCAGUAUAUAUGCUGUGGAUUUCUCUAUUAACGUCGUCCAAGCAUGCUGUCGGAGUUUGAUCGUGGAUACACUUCCAAUUCCACUGCAACAAGCUGGAUCUGCUUGGGCCGGUAGAAUGAGUGCCAUCGGCCAGCUCAUCAGCUAUGUGAUCGGCUCAAUUGACACCGUCCGCAUCUUUGGAACAUUUUUCGGUGACACGCAGUUUAAACAAAUGACUGUGAUCGCGGCAUUGUCCUUGGUCGGCGCUGUGGGUGUUACCUCGUAUUCUGUGAAGGAGCGUGUUCUGAUCACAGCGAGGGGCUCUGAUGGCAAAGCGGGUGCAUUUCAAGUGAUAUCCCAGCUGUUCCAAACUACACUAGAUCUGCCGCCCCGUAUCCAGGCUAUUUGCUGGGCUCAAUUCUGGGCAUGGAUCGGCUGGUUCCCUUUCCUCUUCUAUAGUACCACAUGGGUAGGCGAAACCUACUUCCGAUACGAAGUGCCCAAGGAGGAUUUGUCAAAGGCGACGGAUAUGCUUGGCGAAGUCGGUCGAGUUGGCAGCCUGUCGUUGACAGUAUUCUCGUCAAUUACCUUCCUAAGCUCCGUCCUGUUACCAUUCUGUAUACAAUCACCCGACACCAAGCGCACGCGCUUCACACCUCGACCACCACCCGGCGUGGCAGCGGCCCUGAAAGCCAUGACCGCAGUCCGACCCGACCUUCAAACAGCCUGGCUGAUCUCACAGAUCAUGUUCGCUGCGACCAUGAUCUUCGCACCACUAGCCCACUCCCGUGGGUUCGCAACCUUCCUCGUCGCAGUCUGCGGCAUUCCGUGGGCAAUCAGCGGCUGGGCCCCAUUCGCCUUUAUGGGCGUGGAAAUUAACAAACUCACAAUGAACACCAACGGUGCAACAGGAUCAACCACCCGCUCCGGCGUGACGAUGAUUACAUCCGCUAGCAUGCGCAGCUCAGCCGCGGAUACGGAAUUAGAAGUCCUCCGACUCAACCACCAUGACUCGGACGGCGACGACACAGAUGAAGAAGACCAGGCCUCCAAUAUCCCCUCCACGGGCGAGCUCGCUGGUAUCUACCUUGGUGUAUUGAAUGUUUACACCACACUUCCCCAGUUCGUCGGCACGUUUAUCAGCUGGAUCGUGUUCACCAUCCUCGAACCGGGCGCUGAGCCAAACACGGAAAGCGACGCGUCCGAUACGAAUUGGAUGAACCUGGACAAGGAUAAGCCCAACGCUAUCGCCGUUUGUCUUUUCAUCGGUGCCAUCAGUGCACUUGUGGCUGCUGAAGCGACGCGUCGGUUGCGGUAUGUUCGAUAA